GUCAUACUAUUGUGAAAUUUCUACGCAGGCUCGUAAUUUAAAAAAUUGCGAAUAUUUUAUUAAGAAACGUGUAUAAUGGCUUCUAAUAAGGAAUGCCUUGUAAUAGUUCUGGACGUGCGAACGUGUGCCGCUGAAGAAGUCAAACUGAAAGCCGCAAAAUGUGUGGCGGAGAUUCUUAAGGAUAAGAUUGUGUGCGAUAAAAAAGACUACGUAUCCUUCGUCCUCGUGGGAUGCGACACCGGUUCUGAAGAAGAAGAGGAUGAAAACCACCCAAAUGUAGUCCAAUUCGGAGAUCCCAGACUUUGCAGUUGGCAGCUCUUGUUGGAAUUCUUUGAUUUUGUAAAUAAAACUGCCUGCGAAGAAGGACAAUGGUUAGAUGGUCUUCAGGCGGCAUUAGAUCUCCAGGAAACCGGACUCAUUUUUAAGCCCGCUCGGCGAAGGAUUCUGUUGCUCUUCGAUUUCAAUGACUUCCCGCAGGACUACCAACGAUUCAAACAAAUCACUGAUAGAAUGCUCGAUGAGAAAAUUGAUUUGAUUGUGGGCACGACAAAUAUAGCAUACAAAGACAAUGUCGAGACUGAUCAGCCACAGGCUAUCUUUAACUUCUCGCGAAAAUGUGGCUCCGAAGAGCUAGAGAACCAGAAGCGCGUUCUCAGCCUCGUACCCCUCUGCAAUGCCACAUUGUGCAGCUUCAAAGAGGCACUGCUCACCGUUUUUAAGGUAACCAACCGACGACCCUGGGUGUGGAACGCCAAGCUGCGAAUCGGCAGCCAUAUCAGCAUUAGUCUGCAGGGCAUGAUCGCCAUGAAGAACCAAACGCCCGUAAAACUGACAAAGGUAUGGGCAGAAAAGGAUGAGACUGUGGCACGGGAGACUCGGCACUUUAUUAAGGGCACCGAGAUAACUCCUCUCCCGGAGGAUCUGGUAUCCGGUUACAUGCUCGGUGGGACUCCGGUACCCUAUGACGACGUCCUGAUACAGCCCAAGGAACCGCAUCCACAUGGCUUGCAUUUCUAUGGGUUCAUCAAGAAAAAUGCAGUGCCCGAUGAAUACUUUUGUGGCGAUUCCUUGUACCUUUUAGUUCACCAAAAGGGUAACAAAUCCGCCGCCGUCAAAUUAGACGCUCUGGUGCGUGCCCUUAUUUCCUCAGAUCGAGCCAUCCUUUGCUGGAAGAUAUUCAGCUUGAAGUUUAAUAGACCCCAAAUAGUAGUACUUCUGCCCCGUCUAGCAGACGAUACCCAUCCGGCUUCUCUUUAUAUGUUGGAGGUGUCAUAUACCGCUCAGCAUCAUUUCUGGGAUUUUCCCGCUUUGCGAACCACCAAGACAGAGUGCAGCGAGGACCAGCUGGAGGCCAUUGACCAACUUAUCGAUAGUACUGAUCUAGAAUGCUCCUUGAAAGACACACAGCAGCCACGUCCAUGGGCCCAAAACGAUCUCCUGCCCUUCGACGCGUUGCCCAGCAUCUUUGAGCAAAAUGUAAUGGACGUCCUAGAGCGAAAAGUUAUUCAGAACAAGGACAAGGAUAAUAUAGUACUAAAGGACAAGAACUUCUCGGAUGUUUUCUGGCGAGUACCAGAGCCGCUAGAGGAAAAGUCCAAGAAAGCGGCGGCCAAUGUAAAGAAGCUCUUCCCACUGCGCUAUGAUCGCGCCUGGCAGGAGAAACAACAGGCCAAGGAGGAAGCGGAGAAUAGUAUUCCCGUCAAGCAAGAGAAGCAGCCAGAGAAGGAAAUCCCGAUACCAUCGGACGGCGUAGGCUUAUCCAAUCCGUCCGCAGAUUUUACUCGCAUCCUAGAAAGUGUAAGCUCCAAUACGAAUGCCUCUAAGCGGGAGGCCCGCUAUCAGGCUCUGGCAGCCGACACCCGCGUGGUCAUCAUUACUCUGCUUGAUCGCAAAAAACUUAACAUUGAACAGUUGGGCGAGAUCAUCACCCUGUACCGAGAGAGCUGCAUGGAAUUUGAUACCGUUCAGGAAUACGAGAAGUUUGCUAAGGAGCUGAGAAAGAUCGCAGUAGCCAAAAACCUCCGCGGUUUUUGGCAGGAUGUCAUGGUGGACAAACAAUUGGGGCCUUUAGUGGAGGACGAACUCACGCUUGAUGACGAAUUAGCCCUAAAAGCGUACUAUGCCAUCGAGACCUGGCAGGAAAACGAGUCCAUCGAUGAUGAAGACUUGGUGAUUUAAUUUAAGAAAAUUUGUUAUCCUUUUCAGUGGAAAUAAAAUUGUUAUAAUGUGGCAA